UUGUUUGUGGAUAAGCAACAGAGAAAGUAAAACCUCAACAAAAACAAAACCCCUUCACUUCAUUCAUAGUUCUUGGUCUCUCACACAAAACAUCAUCAUCGUCAAUGGCUAAGCUAAGAACAGCCAUUGAUUCAUCAUUCUGGGACUUAAACAUUUCAUCUCCUCAAAACAUUGAUGGUUGGGCCAAAGCUGUUCCUGGUGACCCUUUUCCUCUUGAUGCUUCAGUUGGUAGUAGACUCUUUCGUCAUCAACAACUCUCUGAGCAACUCUCUCCUCGUUUUGGCAUUAUCCCUUCCUUUGCUCCUUCUUCUGUUAAGGAAGUUGGUUCCUUUUCACUUCAAUCACUUCUCCUUAAUCUUACUACUAAUCGUUGGUGGCUUGCAGCAACAGGGCAAUUCCGUCCCAGGAAAAUGAUAGUUGAUUUAAAAAAUGAGAUUUCUAAUGCUACUGAAUUCAAUCUCUCCACAGUUAAGGGUGUUGCAAAGCAUUUCAUUGACAAGUCGCAUUAUUCAUAUGGCUUAACCUCGCAGUUUUCUUUUUCUCCUUCAACGUCUGCGUUGUUUGCUUUAGAGGGCCAUGGUGAGAAAGAAAGGCGCCGCAAAAAAGUGAUGUUUUUUCACGAGCUUCCUGAACAUGAUCUUACGGUGGAGGCAGCAUGGCCUCAAUUGUUUGUUGACCACAAAGGAAGAUAUUGGGAUGUUCCCGAGUCUAUAUCAGUUGAUUUGUCAUCCUUUGUGUCUGAUUCUGGAUUGCGAUACCGUUUUGGGAUACAUAAGAACAAUGGUAAUCCUCAGGCAAUUAAUUCAACUGAUAGCGAUACACCACUGUCUCUACUGCCAGGGUUAUGCGCCAAGGCUGCUUUUACUUAUGACAAGAUCAAGUACUUUUGGAAAAACAAGGAGAUUGAGAAGGAAUACAAAAAAUUGACUCCAUAUGAUGUGCGACUUAAGGAACCUCAUGCAGCAGUAUCUGGAAUUAUAGGUAGCUCCUUUGCUUCCUGGAUUUGGAACGGGAAGAACUUUUCUGGUAUCGAUUCAGGAGAAGAUCAAGCCGUAUCAAAGAGAAGAAAGAGAUCUCGAUUUAAUGCCGAUUUGUUUGGUUCAGUUUGCUAUACUUUUCAGCAAGGAAGAUUCAUGAAGCGUUUCGGGGACUUAACCAGGGUAGAUGCCCGUCUAGAUAUAUCUUCAGCUUCCGGACUUGCAAAGAAGAUUCUGAAUGGUUUCAAGCGUUCUAGUGCUGAUCUUAACGAACAAUCAUCAGCCUCACCCCGGCUUAAUUUAAUCUUUCAACAGCAGGUUGCAGGACCGGUUGUAUUUCGAGCAGAUUCUCGAAUUGCAAUUGAGUCAUUGACAAGGAAACAUGGUAUCUACAUAGAAGAUUUCAUUUGCAGCUUGAAUUACUCUUUGGAGUUUCUGGAAUCCGGAAAAAUCGUUGCUUGGUAUUCACCAAAACGGAAAGAAGGGAUGGUUGAAUUGCGCUUAUUCGAGUUUUAAUUGAAGUCGGUCUUCAUCAUUUUUGUAAGUCAUGCAUAAUAACACCUUUUAAUGUAAGAAUGCGACACGGUUGUUGUUAAAGUCGCAUUUGUUUAUUAUCCUUUGUUCUUUGCAUGUAUGUUGUUGCAUGCAUAAUUCAUUUUAGAGUUAGUUGGCUUCUUUUUGUAUCAAUUAAGAGUUAUGUUUAGUUGGGUGGUUAUCAAAGGUUCAAAACCAAACUA